UUUACUAGUCUCAUAUUGCUAUUUUGCAGGCUAGAUACUAACAUGUCUGCUCUAAGUCGUGCCAUUCUAACGUCGCGAGCCAGCGUCCAGCGAACGAUCCAGAGAAAUUCUUCCGGAAGCUUUUACGGAUCGCAUAACUUUGAUAAUUUUAAGAGAAACAUGAUUGGAUCACUAAAAGAAUCCGACGGUGCUAAGCAAACUUGGAAGAAAAUCUUCUACUGGGCAUCGAUUCCAUGCCUAGCCAUGACCAUGUAUGCUGCCUACAAGGACCACUCCCACCACAUGUCACAUGAGCGACCAGAAUAUGUUCCCUAUGAAUUUCUCAACGUCAGGAACAAGCCUUUUCCAUGGGGAGACGGAAACCACUCACUAUUCCACAACAAAGCAGAACAGUAUGUUCCGGGCGUUGGAUUCGAAGAAGAGCGAAAGAACCACUAACUGGUUCCACCAACUGUAUAGUAAUAUUUGAAGAGGAUUCUUUCUGCUAAUCUUACUACUAUGAGGGACUUGUGAUAGAUUGAACUUUUACCUAGCUCUAGAU